AUGGCACAUAAUAACGACGUUACCGAUAUUUUAAUAAGCGGAAGGAAUGAUGAAAUAUAUACAAGUUCCGUGGAUUCUACCAUCAAAAAGUGGAAUUUGAAGAAAUUAAGAAAUAAUAUUAAUUAUCGACAAGAUUAUUAUAGUCGACCAUAUAAUUUAACACCAAAAAAGACAUUUAAAGGACAUAAGAAAUCAGUACAAUCGAUUUAUAUGUUUACAAAUGAUCCAUUAAAUUUAUAUUCAAUAAGUUUUGAUGAAACACUGAGAAUAUGGAACACCGAAACCACCCAAAGUCAACUUGAAAUUCAAUUACCUGGUAGACCGAGGGUUAUUCGUGGAUUGUCCUCAAAUAAUAAUUUAAUUGGCGUUGGGAAUAGAAGUAAAGAACAUCUUACGUUAUAUUACGUUACACCAAAUGAACUGGUCAAAUCUACGGAAAUAAAGGGGCAUCAAAGUACCGUUUAUGAUUUGGCUUCAAAUCAAAAUUUACCAAACACUUUUGUAACCGGAUGUUAUGAUGGUGUUUGUAGAUUAUUUGAUGUUAGAACCAUGCAAUGCGUUGCUUCUUAUAGAGAUCCUUACGAUUAUCAUCCAGUGUUUUCUGUGGAUUACGAUGCUUAUAGGAUUGCAGCUGGUGCUUCAAGGAAUGGUAUAAUUAGAAUUUUUGAUUUACGUUAUAAUAAAAAUCAUUAUAAUAUUCACCAAGGAGUAAAGAAAGGCGCAAGAAAUAAUGAUGGCUGGUCACUUUAUCUUGGAAAUAAUCGUUCUCCUGUUUAUUCAUUACAGAUGGAUCAUUCAAAAAUAUUUGCAACAUUAUCAAAUAUGACGUGGAUGUUGGAUUUUUCCAAAGACAUUAAUAAGCAUCAACGCCAAAACCAUCAUAAAAUGAAUGAUGUUUCUUGUUUACAUUAUACCCAUUCAAAAAAAUGGUUGGGAUUGGGAUAA